UGUGUGUGGUUCCUCCCUGCAGCAGCAGAACAUCGAGGAGGAGGAGGAGGAGCUGAAGGUCACAGCUACAGGAGCAUCCUCAACAUCCAUCCACCGAACCUCCAUCACCUGUCGGUCCAAAUCCCCCCACAGCAGUCAUGGGGAACCGGGGCAUGGAGGAUCUUAUCCCGCUGGUCAACCAGCUGCAGGACGCCUUCUCCUCCAUCGGUCAGAACGCGAAUCUGGACCUGCCGCAGAUCGCGGUGGUGGGCGGACAGAGCGCCGGGAAAAGCUCGGUGCUGGAGAAUUUUGUGGGCAAGGACUUCCUUCCUCGUGGUUCAGGAAUCGUCACUAGGCGACCCCUGGUGCUUCAGCUCAUCAACUGUCCAACAGAAUAUGCAGAGUUCCUGCAGUGUAAAGGCAAGAAGUUCACUGACUUUGAUGAAAUUCGUCAGGAGAUCGAAGCUGAAACAGAUCGAGUGACGGGACACAACAAGGGAAUAAGUCCAGUCCCAAUCAACCUGAGAGUGUACUCUCCCAAUGUGCUUAACCUGACUUUGGUGGACCUCCCGGGGAUGACGAAGGUCCCAGUGGGAGACCAGCCUGCCGACAUUGAGCACCAAAUCAGAGACAUGCUCAUGCAGUUCGUCACUAAGGACAACUGUCUCCUACUGGCUGUUUCACCGGCCAACUCUGACCUCGCCAACUCUGACGCUCUGAAGAUCGCAAAGGAGGUCGAUCCACAAGGUCUGAGGACCAUCGGCGUCGUCACCAAACUGGACCUAAUGGAUGAAGGAACCGACGCCAGAGACAUCCUGGAGAACAAACUGCUGCCACUCCGCAGGGGUUACAUCGGGGUGGUGAACCGCAGUCAGAAGGACAUCGAUGGGAAGAAAGACAUCACAGCAGCUCUGCAGGCUGAGAGGAAGUUCUUCCUGUCACAUCCUGCCUACCGUCACCUGGCUGACCGUAUGGGCACCGCCUACCUGCAGAAAGUCCUCAACCAGCAACUAACCAAUCACAUCCGAGACACGUUGCCGGGGUUACGGAGCAAGCUGCAGAGCCAGCUGUUGUCCAUUGAAAAGGAGGUGGAGGAGUACAAGAACUUCAGACCAGAUGACCCUAGUCGCAAGACCAAGGCCCUGCUACAAAUGGUGCAGCAGUUUGCGGUGGACUUUGAGAAACGGAUCGAAGGUUCUGGAGAUCAGGUGGACACCUAUGAGCUGUCAGGAGGAGCCAAGAUCAACCGUGUCUUCCAUGAGCGCUUCCCUUUCGAACUGGUCAAGCUGGAGAGUGACGAGAAGACCCUUCGCAAGGAGAUCAGCUACGCCAUCAAGAACAUCCACGGAAUCAGGACGGGUCUGUUCACACCAGACAUGGCUUUUGAGACCAUCGUCAAGCGGCAGAUCGCUCAGCUCAAAGAACCGUGCCAGAAGUGCGUGGACCUGGUGAUCAGUGAGCUUGUCAACACCGUCAGGCAGUGUACAAACAAGCUUGCUCCGUAUCCGAUGCUCCGUGAGGAAAUGGAAAGAAUCGUUACUCAGCACAUCAGAGACAGAGAGAGCCGUACCAAAGACCAAGUGAUGCUGCUGAUUGACAUUGAGCUGGCCUAUGUUAACACCAACCAUGAGGAUUUUAUUGGCUUUGCAAACGCGCAGCAGAAGAGCAGCCAGAUAAAUAAGAAGAAGGCUGCAGGAAACCAGGACGAGAUCAUGGUGAUCCGUAAAGGUUGGCUCACCAUCAACAACAUCGGCAUCAUGAAGGGCGGAGCCAAGGAGUACUGGUUCGUCCUGACGGCUGAGGCUCUGUCCUGGUACAAGGAUGAUGAGGAGAAGGAGAAGAAGUACAUGCUGCCUGUGGACAACCUCAAGCUGAAGGACAUCGAGAAGAGCUUCAUGUCCAGCAAACAUGUCUUCGCCUUGUUCAGCACUGAGCACAGGAACGUGUAUAAAGACUACCGGCAGCUGGAGCUGGCCAGUGAGUCCCAGGAGGAGGUGGACAGCUGGAAGGCUUCUUUCCUACGGGCUGGCGUGUACCCUGAACGCAGCGUGGACAAAGAGAAGGUGGAAGCGGAGGAGUCCAGUUCUGACGGGCAGAUCCACAGCAUGGACCCUCAGCUGGAGCGACAGGUGGAGAUCGUCCGGAACCUGGUGGACUCAUACCUGUCCAUCAUCCACCGCACCAUCAGAGACCUGAUCCCUAAGACCAUCAUGCACCUGAUGGUCAACAACACCAAGGAGUUCAUCCACUCUGACCUGCUGGCCCAGCUUUACUCCUGCGGAGACCAGAAUACCCUGAUGGAAGAGUCCCAGGAACAGGCCCAACACCGGGAUGAGAUGCUCCGGAUGUACUUUGCUCUAAAAGAAGGCCUACACAUCAUCGGUGACAUCAGCACCUCCACCGUAACCACGUCAGCCCCUCCGCCUGUGGAUGACUCGUGGCUGCAGGUGACGGGGAUGCCAUCUGGACGCAGGUCUCCAAUGUCCAGUCCGACCCCCCAGCGCCGGGCCCCUCCAGGUCCACCCCGACCUGGCGGCCGUGCAGCUCCUGGCCCUCCUUCUCGUCCCGCAGUGUCACCUGAUCCUGGAGGACCACCACCCUCUGUCCCUUCACGGCCCAAUAGAGUGCCCCCUCCUGGAGUCCCAAGUCACAGAGCUCCUGCAUCUCCAUCCCGACCCACCAGACCAGCCUCUGACUCCGCCCCAUGACUCCGCCCUCUGGCUCCACCUUUUGAUUUCACCCAAUCACAAACAGUUAAGCACAAAUAUGCACCAACUAGCACAAAUUCAGUCGUGAAGAUUUAAUACUGGUACUAGUCCCGGUUCUGUUGGUCCAGUGAUCUCAGCAGAAUGCUGAUAACCUCACAGACAUUGAGAAAGUUCAGCUGAUGGUUCUCGAUGGUUCCAGUGUUGGUUCUGUCUGGUGUCAGCUGGGUCUGAAGGAUUUGGUUUCCAGUGGCUCUAGACAGGCCCAUCUGAUUCCUGGGUUCUCCAGUUGUCCUGUUAGGUUUGAUCUGGUUCUGAUUCAAUUCAGUUCUUGCUGAUUCACUCUUCUUGUCAUUUGUUUUCUCUCUGUGUUUUUUCCUGUCCUGCAUUUUGUUCCCCAGUCGUCCCAGUAAAGGUAGCCCCGCCCAUGGAGAGAGCCCCCAGUCCUCUAUCGAGGGUUGACCUGAAGACCUCUGAGUGUUUGUGUCUGUCUGUGAACCGUUUAAUUCAUGUUGAUGAUCAUAAUUAGCUUGUUGUGAUGAAUCCAAACCAUCUGCUGUCUGAGGUGAGACAGGUGAGACAGUGUGGACAUGGACAACUCCAGACGUCCUAAACUAAAGACCAUGACGUAUCACUCCGCUUUGGAUCUUCAGGCUGGUCUAGGAUCAGUUAUGGAUUUUUAUCUUCAGUUUCCUGGUUGGUCUCCAGAAUGAAGCGGAGAUGUUCGGAGAUGUUUCUUUACAGUGUAAAGUUUUAUUUCUAGUCUUUUUGUUGGUUAUUUAUUGUCUGCUGCUCUUAUUGAUCACAUGUUCUGCUGGACUUGGGUUUUUACUGAUCCAGUGUGGUUUGAUCCAGUUGGUCUGUACUGAAAACCCUGUUCUGUGUAUUAGUGGUGCUGCCUCAUCCGGACCUUCUCAUCAGAUUCCAGUUGGUUGUAUGCAGGUGAAGAUUCUCAGUCAUCCCGGCCAUGAUAAGUCCAAAGAAGGUCAAAAAAACAACUGGACUUUAGAUCUUGUAGUUGAAGACAUUUUGCUCUUCGUUCAAAGAGCUUCGUCAAUAAAAAGCCAGUGAGGGAGAAGUUCCAAGAUGGUCAUCUAAAUCCACAUUCAGGUUAGACUCCCUGUUGUUGUUGGUGCUGCUGUUGGCCUGGAUCACUGGGAGAUGUUUUGGUUGGGUCCAAACCAGAUCGAACGGUUGAUUACAUCUGGUUCAGUCUGGCUUCAGUUGGCUUUAUUUAGGCCCUACAGGUUCCAACCGGUCCCAGCUGGUUUCAAUCAUUUCCAACUGGUCCCAGCUGAUCUUGAACUUGUUCCAACAGGUUUAGACUGGUCCUAGCAACCAGGUGUUCCAGACCGGUUCCAACUGGUUCCUACUACUUCCAGUAGUUCCUCAGUGGAUCCACCUGAGCUUAGUUUGACUUCAUUACAUUCAUAUGUUUGUUAGUUUAAAUCAACCCACUCCUCCCAGUUAUCAUCAGACACCCGGCCAUUUUGUUCCUGUUUGAAUCUUCAUGAGGUUCCUGGUUUUAAGGUGACAUUUCUUUGGGUUCCUUAAUGCAGAAGACUGGUCUAAAAGGGAUUCUGGGUCAAUGCAGCAGUCUGGACUUCAGUUGUACCCGACAGCAGCUGAAAAACCUGUUUCUGUUGGUUAAUCAUUUAGAUUCUGUCCUUUAAUGGAGCAUCAGGGUGUUAUUGGUUCAGAUUCAUAUCUGUACCAUGAUUGGUACACAGCCAAGUGAUUGGUUCUGAUCCGUGAAGGUUGAUCAACUAACCAAAGGAAGGACUGAAAUCUUCCUACUCAUCAGAGCAGUCCCGGCCCGGCUAGUCUUCAGGAUGGUCCUAAUCUGAGGAGCAUCUGAUACCGCCAGUCUCACCUGUGAUCAUCAGCCAACCAGAGAAGACACAGAGGAACCAAUCAGAAAUAUGUUGGUUUUCAACCUGAAGUAAAAUAUGUUUGCUGAGCUUUCUCCUGUCUGUUCUUUAAUGCCAACCAUGUGAUGAGCUGAUUGUUUCUGACCAGGUUCUGAUGAGCUGAUUGGUUUCUAGAACCCGACUGCCUUUUGCUAAACUGAUACCUUUGUCACAAUUUGAUUCUGAUGACCUGGGUAGGUUCUGAUGAAAGGAGUGGUUUUAAAUGACUGGUCUCUGAUGGAUCUUCUCAUGAGUUUACUCGGUUUUCUCUUGGUGUUGUGGUGUCGGUGCCGUGUUAGAGGAGCUCCAUGUCAGCGUGUCGUAGGCGUGACGUGUUCUCAGUGUUAGUCCCAGCAUGCCCAGUAGCUUCUCUGUGCUGUUUGGUGGUAAAAUGUUGGACUCAGCAGCAGUUCAGUGUUCAACUCUAAUGAUGAUAAUAAUAAACUGCCAAGCUGCAGCGCCCCCUGCUGUAACUCUGUGAUUACUGUGAGUCGUGAUCAAAUGUGGUGACCUCAAUAAAGUUCUGUCAAUCAAAA